AAAGAUGAUUAUGGAAACUCUAGGGUUUCCAAAUCAUCUUUAUCUUUUAUUUUUUUCACCUUCUAUUUUCCCUCCCUCCGAACCCCGUUCCCGCUCGUGAAUUCUUUCCUCACAAGAAAGCGGGGACGAAUGUUUUGGUCUUUUUCUCCCUCUCUCUCCAUUCGUUGCUGGUUGCUGGUGGCCUCUUCUUAAUUUUGGUUCGGAUCUUAAAUCGAGGGCGAAAUUUCCAGGAAAGUGACCUUCAAUUUCUGUUUCGUACGUCCUCAGCGGGCGACUCUUGAUUCCUUACAACUAGUUCUCUGAGGUUUGCCUGAGAUUGUUUGGGCUGAGAGGGGCAACAUCGAAGGAUUUUGGGUUAGUGUGAGGGUAAGAGAAUGCCUAAUGGUAACAUGAAGAGAAGAAGAUGCUAUAGCUCCCAUGAAAUCUACUGUUCUCCGAUUUUUGAUCUGUCGGACCUUUGGUGAUUUUCUGUUUGUUGAAAUUCGAAUGUGACUUGUUUUAUGGAUUCAGAAGCAGUUCCAUCUUCCACGAAUUCAGUUAAAUGUUGCAACUGCGACUGUAGUUGCUCGCUGGCAGCUGAUUCUUCAGCAACCUGGCUUCGUACUGUUAAACGGAAGCUUGAUGAGUUUGAAAGGGAUGACCAAUUCUCUAUACCUGAGUUGGAUUGCUUUUCAGUUGCACGGGUCCAAAUCGACAAUGAAUGUGAAGCGUUACGUGAGACAGUUGCCAGGCAACAACAAGCAAUACAAGAUCUAUGCGCUGAAUUGGAGGAGGAAAGAAAUGCUUCAUCAACGGCAGCAAAUGAGGCCAUGUCUAUGAUAUUGAGAUUGCAGAGGGAGAAAGCAGAGAUUGAAAUGGAAGCUCGGCAAUUCAAGCGUUUUGCAGAGGAGAAGACGUCGCAUGACCAGGAGGAGCUUUUAGCAUUGGAGGACUUGUUGUAUAAGAGAGAACUGACAAUACAGGCGCUUACAUGUGAGGUUCAGGCUUAUAAGCACAGGAUGAUGAGUUAUGGCCUCACGGAAUCAGUGGCAGCAGGUGAAGGGAACCUGAGCUUGGGGGAAUGGGGUGAUCAAUAUGAGCUCCCCACCUAUGACUACCCUCCUUUAAAAUGCAGUGAACAUGCUGCCAUGGAUGCUGAGAAUGAUGACACAGAUAUUGAGAAAUAUGCAUUUGGUGAAACUCCUGAUCGAUUGAGAAACUUGGAAAAUAGAAUCUCCCAAAUAGAGAAAAGUUCUAUUCAUAAUCAAGUGGAUGGGGAUUAUAUGGGGAAAACUAUUCUAGAGAGGGAGGUAGUUGGACAAUCUCCAAGGCGGAGUAGACAUACAAGAAGGAUAUCCAACGACUCAAGUUCAUUCAUAGUGGAUUCUCCCAAGAGCUUUAGGAAGAUGGAUUCUGUCUCACAGACAGAUGACCCUUCCAAUUUGAGAAGGGUAGAUUAUGCAUCAGAAACUGGUGAUGAUAUGGGCGAUAGAGUUUAUACUAUUGACUCUGUUCAUACGAGGACACCAUACAAAGGUGUUUCAGAGUCCAAACAUGGAGCUGUUUAUGAAGAUUAUUCAACCGCUCCAAUGGAGUCACUGAAUCGUGCUGACUUUGAAGAUCCAGACAUAAAGAAGCUUUACAUGAGACUUCAAGCUCUUGAGGCUGAUAGGGAGUCAAUGAGGCAAGCAAUCAUUUCAAUGCGCACUGAUAAAGCACAGGUUUUGCUACUUAAGGAAAUAGCUCAACAUUUGUGCAAAGGCAUGUCACCACAAAGAAGAAUGGCAGUAAGGAAGCCGCUUGUCGUUAGAAGUUUUUCAUUCUUGUCAAUUUUUAAGUGGAUGAUAUCGUUGGUUUUGUGGAGAAAGAAAGCUGGUCAAAGCAAGUAUAUGUUUGGGCUACCAGCCAAUGGUGUGGGCUUACUAAUGCUUUUGGACAAGAGACCCCGUGGGAGGCCAUGGAGAUGCGUCUCAGUCACCCAGUUGGGAGAUUAGUUCUUGAAUUUCCGUACUGGCUUGCAGAGGGUAAGCUCGGAUGUGGGAAUACCAAAUUACCAAUCGCAAACUGAAUUUUAAUCACACUACUACCACUCUGAGAUUUCUCUCUCCUUUUCUUCCUGCCUGGGUCUCUUUCAUGCUGAGAAAAUGGUGUUCUGUGCAUUUUUCUAUUAUUUCUUCUGUAUGAAUUGAAUAUGAUUUGUUGGGUGAUCGGUGGAACUUGCAAUACGAGCGUACAUACUCAUGGUUUGUUUGAGAACGAAGCGCAUGUCCUUUUACAGUUCUCCUGUACAUCGCAUUGUUUCAAGGUUCCUCUUUGUUGUACCAUGCAGUUCAACUUCAUAUCUCCAGUUCCAACUUACCGCUGGUUUGAUUGUGGGUUCUUGCCCAGCUCGUUUCUUUCUGUAUUGAUUAUGUAAAUUUGUAUAAUAUCCAUAUUGUAUAUGCUAUCAAGUAUUAGUGACAAUUUGUUGUUUACCGAGGGUCUGCCGUUUUUGUCUCAAUUGAAUUGGUGAAUGGGGGAACAAGAAGUUGAUCAAGACAUAUUUGACGAAAACGAAUUUGCAGUUGCGCGCUGGCCCCAUUUGCUUGAAGUCCACCAGUAUUGACUUCACGGCGAUGAUGGAGAAUUGCAGGCUUGCUUGAGGCUGUGUACUUUGGUCCAGAGGUAGAUGGGUACGACUGGGUUAAUGGCAAUGUAAUUUGUCUGAAUAUAUUCGUUAGCAUAUCAAUAUUGAUAUGCCAAUAUUAAAGGUUCUG